CGCGGUUUGCGCCUGCGUAACUAGACGUGGCAGCCGCAUCAUGUGUACAUGGAAGCACCGCAGGAGUGGGAUGAGUGGACUCAAAAUGUACAUUUUCCUUCUACUGAUAUUGUGGAUAUUUUACUUCAACUUGGAGAAUCUACAGCAAGGCUCUUUUGGGACAUGAGCCUAUUGUCUGUUUUGCAGGUUGGGAGCGCUUCCGUGCUGCAGGCAGUGAAGGUGUCUCCCCUCAUCGAGACGGUCAGUGACCACAAGGACUUUAAAAAGCUCCUCAGGACCAGAACCAAUGUCCUCAUCCUGUACACCAAGUCAGACAUGUCUGGUGAGGGCCAUCUGAAACUGCUAUCUGAGGUGGCCCAGGCGGUGAAGGGCCAGGGGACCAUUGCUUGGAUCAACUGUGGGGACUCAGAGGGCCGAAAGCUCUGCAAGAAAAUGAAGGUGGAUCCUUCCUCCAAGAGCAGCGGGGUGGAAAUGCUGCAUUAUAAGGACGGCACCUUUCACACUGAGUACAGCCGGCCCGCGACCCUGAAGUCCAUGGUGGCAUUCCUGAAGGACCCAACCGGCGCCCCCCUGUGGGAGGAGAAUCCUGAUGCCAAAGACGUCCUUCAUGUCAGCAGUGAGAAAGAUUUCAGGAAGCUGUUGAAGAAGGAGGAGCGGCCCAUCCUCAUGAUGUUCUAUGCUCCUUGGUGUGGUGUCUGCAAGCGCAUGCAGCCGAUUUUCCAGCAAGCUGCCACUGAGGCCAAGGGUAAAUACGUGCUGGCCGGCAUGAACGUGCACCCUGCCGAGUUCGAUGGCCUCAAGCAGGAGUUUGACAUCAAGGGCUACCCCACAUUCUGCUACUUCGAGAAGGGCAAGUUCCUGUACAACUAUGAGAACUACGGGGCCACGGCCAAGGACAUCGUGGACUGGAUGAAGAGCCCCCUCCCUCCUCAACCCAAAGCCCCCGAGGUGCCCUGGUCCGAGACUGACUCCGCCGUCCACCACCUCACUGAGGACACCUUCGACAGCUUCCUGGAGGAGCACCCAUCCACGUUGGUCAUGUUCUACGCGCCGUGGUGCGGUCACUGUAAGAAGAUGAAGCCCGAGUAUGAAGACGCAGCUGAGGUCCUCAACAGGAACCAUGACGGCCCUGGUGCGCUGGCAGCCAUCGACACCACGGUCCACAAGAACGUUGGUGAGCGCUACAAGAUCUCCGGGUUCCCCACGGUGAAGUACUUUGAGAAUGGCGAGGAUAGGUACACACUUCCACACCUGAGGACCAAGGACAAGAUCAUCGAGUGGCUUCACAACCCCCAGGCCCCUCCUCCCCCGGAGCCGUCAUGGGAGGACACGGCCUCCAGUGUCAACCACCUUGGAGCAGAGGACUUCCGAGAGGUGCUGAAGAAGAAGAAACACACGCUCGUCAUGUUCUACGCCCCAUGGUGCCCUCACUGCAAGAACGCUGUGCCCCACUUCACAGCAGCUGCCGAGGGUUUUAAAGAGGACCGCAAGAUUGCCUACGCAGCAGUGGAUUGCACCAAGGGGCAGAACCAGGAGCUGUGCAGACAGGAGGGCGUUGAGGGCUACCCCACCUUUAAUUACUAUAACUAUGGGAAAUUCAGUGGCGAGUGUGCUACCCUAAGGUCCGAGGGAAGCGGGAUGUGGCAGGGGGCCUCCAAGUGGGGGUGCUACAAUGGACUGAAACUGGAGGGUUCAAAGUCACUGACCGCCAACUUUGAGUGGUGGUCCAACAGGGAGGCAGGAUUCACUGGCUUCAUGCGAAGCCUGCGGGGACACGACCAAGACAAGGUGACCAAGCGGAAGGAGGAGCUCUGA